ACAGGACCUGCAACACCAGACAAAUAAGAGAUCACCCUCUCUGAGUCCUCUCUUGCCAGGCAGGGACUGUCGGCCUUGGUAAUGCUCAGGAAGGGGAGGAUGAGCCUGAUGUGGGCAGAAUUCAAAUGAGCUGGACAGCGCCGUGAACAAGCUACAAGCAGCUCCCAGAGCCUUGAGAUGGCACCAAAAACCAAAAAGGGAUUGAAAGGCUCCAUUGAUGAUGUCCUUGGUGACCUCUUAGGGGAUGAGAUGACACUACCUGAGGAGCCUGUUAAACUAGCUUCACGUGCCCGAGAUGCCACAGGUGCCGCCCAGGCGCUCCCUUCUUCCCAGGCUCGAACGAAGUCCCUCCCGGAAGACUAUGGCUUCAGCACCACAGCAGGCAUCCCAGGACCUGAUGCUGAGGUGUCCGACGUCUCAGAUGCAGACCCUCAGAUUUUGCUACAGGCAAUGAAGGAUCUGGACGAUAUGGAUGCCGAUCUCUUAGGUCUGAAGAGGUCUAAUCUGGCCUCUAGCAAAAGAGCUGCCAAGGGUCCUGGGAAAGAAGAGCUGCCUAGUCAUCCCAAACCUGCCGGUAUAUUGACAGCCAGUGAGAAAGGGGACACCGUUCCUGCCAAGAAGCCCCCUCCCUCUCCCAGCAGCCUUGGGCAUCAGUACAGGAAGUUUUCCUUCGAAGACUCGGAAGACCCAUUGGCGGGACUUCUCUCCGACGAUGAGGAAGGACUCACCAAGAAGCCCCCUGGGACCGAGAGUAAAAUGGCUUCCGAAAAAAGUCCAGCCCCAGUCAGAGAUCAAGGUGCCUCUAUUCCACUCACCCCUGGGGACACCCCGGUCCGAAAGAAAGAAGAAGUGCUAUUUGAUGAGGAGGACGACGUCAUGGCCACCCUGGGGUUUGCAGACAGCCCCACAGCGGAAAGGAGGCAGACGGGCGACCAGGAAGGCCCCCGUCCUGCUCGCUCCAGGCUGGAUGAGCUGCUGGGUCGGGGCACUGCCACCAAGCUCCUGGCCCGCCCGGGCACUGGGGAGCACAGGGAAUUCAAGCUGGACAAGAAGUACCAGAGACCCCCGGACAAGGAAGAUUCCUGGGGUGAUGAGGACUUCACCUUUGGGGCCUAUCAGCCUACCGUGGGCUCCUGUGAGGGCCGCCAGUCCCACCGGCAGUUGGUCAGUAGGUUCUUAACAGAAGGUAGCGCAGACACCAAAGGAGAACCAGGCUCCAAACAGAGCACCCCAGCGGCCUCCAGCCCCACUCACCCCAGGAAGGGAGGAGCUGACUGGUUGGGCCUCAAGGAUGACGACCUGCGCCCUCCCUCUCCCACCAGAGAGGCUCAGAGGGGAGGCUCAACGCUCUCCACUCCUUCCGUGCUCCCUCCCAGGAGCCAGCACUCUGACUCAGGCCGGCACUCUGCCCCAGCUGGACUGCCUUCCUCCUCUUUGGGGCCAAAGCCACCAACGAAGGGUGCAGGUUUCCCUGCCAAAGCCAGCCAGGCUUCCCAGCUGGGAGUGUCUCAGGAGAAAGAAGAAGAGGAUUGGCUGAGCCAUGCCUUGUCUCGGAAGAAGUCCCAAGGUCUGGCCAGAGAGGAGCACACAGAGGCCUCUAAGGGCCAGAACCUGGUGGGGGCAGCAGGCAGUCCCCCUUCCAGCAGCCAACCUGUUCCCAGCACUCAAGGGUUCAAGCAAGCAGCCACUGUGGCGACACAGAAGCCACUGACAAGACCUGCCACCUCGGGGUCCCCUGUGACUUGGAACCAGGCUGCCUUGACCCUCCCUACAGGUGACCCAAAGAGGGGAACAGCCCUCGGAGACCUCUCCAGCAUUGAGCCCGCAGCUUGUGUCCUGAGCUCCCAGGAGCCCCCAGGGCCUUCUGUGCCUGUCCAGUCCCUGCUCCUCGAGUCCCUGGCGCAGAGCCUGUUGCCGGGCACAGAAUACCAGAGGCAGCUCCUGGCCGCCCAGGUGCAGCUGCCGAGCGGCACGGCCGAGCUCCGGGCCAACCUUCUGCAGAGCCAGGCCCGGCUGGCAGAGCUGGAGGCCCAGGUGCGGAAGUUGGAGCUGGAGCGGACCCAGCACCAGCUCUUGCUCGAGAGCUUGCAGCAGCGGCACCAGGCCGACCUGGAGCUCAUCGAGAGUGCCCACAGAAGCCACGUCAAGGUGCUAGAAACAUCAUACCAGCAACGGGAGGGGCGACUGCGGAGGGAGCACGAGGAGCUGUCGGCCCGCUAUCUGUCGUGCUGCCGAGAAGCCGAGCAGGCCCGCGCCGAGCUCGCAGCCCAGCACCAGCAGCGCUUGGCGGCUGCCAUGCAAGAGAAGGACCACGAGAUGGAGAGGCUCCGGGAGCUGCAGCGGGCCUCCAUCCUGGAGAUGCGCCAGGACCACGAGGAGCAGCUGCAGCGGCUAAAGCUGCUGAAGGACCGAGAGAUCGACGCGGUCACCAGCGCCACCUCCCACACGCGGUCCCUGAAUAGCAUCAUUGAGCAGAUGGAGAAGUUCUCCAGCAGCCUGCAUGAGCUGUCCUCCCGUGUGGAGGCCUCACACCUCACCACCGCCCAGGAGCGGGAGCUGGGGCUCCGGCAGCGCGACCAGCAGCUCCGAGUGCUGCAGGAGAGGCUGCACCAGCAGCAGCGGGACAUGGAAGAGGAGAGAAGCCGGCUCCAGGAGGUCAUCGGGAAGAUGGAGGCACGCCUGAAUGAGCAGAGCCGGCUGCUGGAGCAGGAGCGGUGGCGGGUGAAUGCCGAGCAGUCCAGGGCCGAGUCCACACAGCGCUCUCUAGAAGAGCAGAGGAAGGUCAUGGUCCAGCAGAUCACCAUGGAACGGGAGGAGCUGGAGAAGGCCAAGAGCGCCUUGCUGGAGGAGCAGAAGUCCGUCAUGCGCAAGUGUGGGGAGGAGCAGCGGCGCCUCGCAGCCGAGUGGGCCGAGUUCUAUGCGCAGCAGAAGCUGAGUAAGGAGCGGACCGAGCGUGAGGCAGAGAGGGCGCUGCAGGUGGACACCCAGCGGGAGGGCACCCUCAUCAGCCUGGCCAAGGAGCAAGCUGAGCUAAAGAUCAGGGCCAGUGAGCUCCGGGCCAAGGAGGAUCAGCUGGCGGCCGAGCGGGAGGCCCUGGAGCGGGAGCGGCAGGAGCUGCGGCUGGAGAAGGAGAGGGUCAGCGCCGCUGCCCUGCGCACCAGGCUCCGUGCCGAGGAAGUGGAGAGCAUGAGCCAGGUAGCCUCGGAGAAGUUGGAGGAGGGGCAGCGGGCACUGCGCGAGGCCCGGCAGGUGCAGCAGGAGCAGCAGGCGCGGCUGCAGCUGGUACAGCAACAGCAGGAGCGGCUGCGGCAGCAGGAGUGGCAUGUGCACCAGGAGCACCUGAGUCUGGCCCAGCAGAGGCUGCGGCUGGACCACAUCCGACAGGACCUGCCCUCCAGCCCCGUGGCGCUGCUCCCCAGGACCCAGGGCCCGGCAGCCUCCUGCCUGGGUGCCGCUGUGGCUCCUGCCGCCACCGCGCCCCAGUGCAGCCAGCCCCCCGCCGGCCUGGGCCCCUCACACCUCCACGCCAAACUGGUGCUGCUGAAGCACACAGCUGAGCAGUGGGGACUGCUCCACCCAGCCCCUGCCUUUCAGGACCGUGACUUCUUGGAGAAUGAACAGUUCUUCCUGGAGACCCUGAAGAAAGCCUCCUACAAUAUGACAUCCCAUUCAGCCUGACGGGCGCCACCGGCUCCUCUGCGGAGGCCUCCAGCGCUGGAAGUCUCUCCCAUCGCCCCCCUGGCUGCCGGCUCUGAGGAGGGAGUACCCAGGGCCCGAUUAUAGCUCCUCCUGGGGACAGGGUGCGGGCACAUUCUCUCUGCACACUCCAGCCUCUAGGGCUUGAAGAGUAGUGGCCUCUGGGGAGAUGUGAUGCCGAGGGUGCCUCAGCCCCACGACCCUGCCAGCCACAGCUUCGGUUCUCCUCCCCGAGACUUCCAGCUCAGAUCCAAGGGCUCACUGGGCUGUGUGAACCCCUCCCUUCCUCAGCAGGCAGGUGGUUGGGGGAUAUUUUCACCUGGGCCUCUUCUGAGGCGGGGGAGUCUUCUAGAGAGAUGCCACGGACAGUCUCCUGCCGUCUCUGGGAGGCCUGCAGAGCCAGCGCGGGCUCUCCUCCCUAAACUGGGGCACAGAGUCAGAGCACAUGUUUUGAAGCACCUUCUAUCCUCUCGACCAAGGAGGCGGGCGCUGUUGUGGAGCACAGAGGGGGCAGGGAGGGCGCCAUGCCCAGCCAUGUUUUACCUCGCAGUCUUUUGCUGUCAGGUUGGCUGGCAGAAAGUCCCUGCCUCAUUCCCAGCUGCCUGAAUCACUGGUUCUGGGGCUUCCCAGAGGCGGAGCUGGGCCUGACAGUGGGGUGUGGUGAGGGACCAGUAGAGAGGCCUCUCUGUCCUGUGCACCUGCUACGAAGCCCCAGCAGGCGGGAGCGAAGACCAGGGAGUGAAGGCCCCUGCAGCAGCCGGGCGGGCUGAGCGCACUGGGGGCCCCCACAGGGCCUUACCCGGGCUGCCGCCCCUGGGAGGGCGCCUUUGCACUUCUCCCUGCAGAGGCGCCAGGAGAGGGGCAGCAGCUUGGCAGCUGUCCCAGCAAACCCGAGGACAGAUGGACUCCACUAACACAACCACGGCCACUCCUGAAGCGGCUUCCCUCAGCCCGCGACUGGUUACCUUCCACCGGAGGACAGAGGGCAGAGGAGGACAGGCUGAGGGGGUACCUGGACAGCUUUCAGAGGGAUCUUCAUUUACCAGCUAUUUCCGGCCUUUAUCUUGGACCCAUUAAAUCGCUAUAUUCUUAACGACUGGAUUGUUAGAAUUUGCCUUGACUCCUGAGAGUUUAUACUUCUUAGACGUGUUCCCCCUGUAGCACGGUUACGUGCUGGAAAGCUGGCUGGCGCUGGGAACUUCCUGAAUCUGUACGUUCGCCAGCUGCCUCACAACUGGGAGAAGAGUGUGAUGAUGAGCCCUACCUCACACAUGAAGGGACAGAGGCUCAGGGAGAUUAAAUCAUCUGCCCAAGGUGACAGCAAAUAGCAGAGCCUUCUCGGGCUGAUUCAAAAGCCGCAGGGUCUCAGCCACCUCAUCCCACUGCCUCCUCCUAGAAGAGCAUGCUGCACCCAGGGCUGUGGUGAGGCAGGAGAUCUCCAAGCUGCUGCUCGGGAUGGUGCCUGCACUGAGGAGGGAAGCAUCAGUGUCCCAUUAGAGACCUCAUGAAGUAAACUGAGGGUUCUAGAGGGGAGGGGCGUGGGGGGAUGGGUUAGCCUGGUGAUGGGUAUUAAAGAGGGCACGUUCUGCGUGGAGCACCGGGUGUUAUGCACAAACAAUGAAUCAUGGAACACUACAUCCAGAACUAAUGAUGCAAUGUAUGGUGAUUAACAUAACAAAAAAAAAAACCCUCAUGAAGCUUGGAACUCGGUCCUUCUCUCCACAGACACCUAAACAAGUUGUCGCCUGUGUGAAGAGCUGCAGGGCUGUAAGCACGGGCACAGCGUGGGAGAGCUGCCAUUGACUUAGUCCCCUGGCAGACAGGAUCACCCAGCAGG